UUGUAAUUGUUUUACAGUAUCAUUGUUCUGAAUUAACAAUAAAUUAGUUUCGCUAAAACAUUUAAUAAGUUAAGAUGAAUAGAAAAUCAAAAUUUCAAACUAACAUUGCCGAAGACGAUUGCUCGAAUAGAAUCAAGUAUCUUCUACCCAACCAGCAGGCUCCAGAGUUUUCGGGAAUUGCCGUAAUUAACGAAGAAUUUAAGGAAAUCAAAUUAUCUGAUUACAGAGGAAAAUAUCUGGUUCUUAUUUUCUAUCCUUUGGACUUUUCGUGCGUUUGUUCAACAGAAUUAAUGGCCUUCAGCGAAAGAAUACGAGAAUUCAGGCAAUUCAAUUGCGAAGUAUUGGCCUGUUCCACCGAUAAUCGUUUCUGUCAUCGAGCCUGGAUAAACACCGAAAAGGAGAAAGGUGGAUUGGGAAGAAUAUGCUUUCCGCUGUUGGCCGAUAGAAGUUUUGAGAUCUCUAGAGCCUUUAAGGUGUUGAACGAGGACGAAGGAGUCGCAUCGAGAAGUCUGUUCAUUAUCGAUAAUAAAGGCAAAGUGAAACAUUCCACCACCAAUGACACUGCUAUCGGAAGAUCGGUAGACGAAACAUUGAGACUGGUCCAGGCAUUUCAACAUAACGAUAAACAUGGCGAGUUGUGUCCUGUUGAUUGGGAACCGGGAGAUGAAGGCAAUUCUCAACAAAAGAAAAUGUAAAUUUCGGAAAUGAUCACUUUACUAUAAUUUUUGGUUUCGAGAAAAUAAUUUAAAAUUGAUUUAUUCACUGAAGAAGUUACAUAUGGAAUCAUUUUCAUAUUAUUAUAUAAACAUAUAACAAAAUUUGUCAUGUAAACGUAUUUUGACAUCUAAAAUUUUUUUACGUAAUACACAAAUAAAUCUUAUUAAAUGAAAGACUGCUCACAUUGAUAUCAUUUCAUUCGAAACGAUACGACGGGAUUGUCGGGAUGGUUAAAGGGUCAGCGUAUUGCUCUGCAAUAUCGGGGAUCGAAUCCACGCGAGCAACUUUCCAAGAAUUUUUUAUGGACGAUCAUUAGAGUGCUGUGUCCCAUUCCUCACCGCACCACCUGCAUUAUGGAGUUGACUGAACUCAAUGGAUAUAUUUCUUAUUUACACUCUUUCCGUCCUGUAUGCACUAAGAGGGCCUCUUUUAGCAAGCCCAUAAUGGGGCGGCCAGGUGGUGAGGGACGGGGUCCGACAUAUCCGGACAGACCACCCCCGAAAAAUUCAUGAUUUUUCGAUCCUUCCAGAUGCGAUCCCGUGUCCCCAGAGCGGUAAGCUGUCACCUUGACCGCUCGGCUAUCUGGCCGCAUUGGAUCAAAAAAUGACCUCCCAGGAUUUUUAAAUUUUUUGAACUCGGGAGACUGAAA